AGAUCUUUUUAGGUUAUUCCAUGCCUAAAUCUAAUUACACAAAAUGUGUUACCAGGCCGGGUACUAGCCGUGUACCAUCAACAGCAGCUAACUCCCCGGUCACGACUCGCCUUUACGUCCUUCAUAAAUUAACACAUUCACAGGAUGGGCAGAGAAUUAAGCGGAUGGCUAUUUAUGGCGUCAUUUAUUAUUGGAUUUUUUUCCUGCGGUGCAUCAGCGUCCGAGAAGGACAAGUUAAUGACAUGGAUUCACGAGAACAGUGAUAUGUUCGUGAUGUUGAAACACUGGAACGAUUUGCCUCUCAUUUCGACAGCUUGGAAAAGAUUGAAAAUGACUCCCCAAGUACAGGAGGAUCGAAAAAACUUCGUGAAAAGUGUCGAAACUUUCUUAGAAAUAUUAGGAGAUGAUUUGCAAAUCAAGCGACCCAAUGUUAGUUCAAAUUAUGACAAUCAGACUUUGGUCAAUGGAACUUUUGAAGUUGCUCCGUUACCCCAAAUCCCAUCGGGCAUUGAUUUCAAAGAUAACACGGGGGCGUUGGUGAAUGCCACUCUAGUACUGGAAUCAUCGAAAAAAGAAGUUGAACCAACCACCAACAGCAGUGCAAGCCAAUUUUCGAAAGACGAUAAAACCUUAAUUGUCCAGACCCAGACUUCUUCAAAUCCAUGCAGUUGUAAUAAUUCUCUUCAGUUUGACUCGAAAUCUUUUCUACGCGAUUAUGAGGAGGAAAAACGCUGGAUGCGUAGUCAACUUAUUCCUUUAAAUUACCUUUUUGAUAAACUUCGGGUAAUCGAAGACAGAUUCACAAAUUUGCAGCGAACUGCUUGGACGUGCCUGAAUGCCAACGAGGCAAGGAAUGAGACAACAAACAACGUGACCUCUAACACAAAUGUAGCAACAAGUAAUUUAGGUCUUCAAGAAUUCCUUUCGCGGAUUGAAAACCUUGAAUCUCUGAGCAAGACAUUUUCUGUUGAGCAUCAAAACCUUACCGCUAUGGUCAUGUCAGUGCAAGAGACCGCUAAGGCAACAACGGAACAUUUAGAAAUUCUUUCCAGUCGCGUGUCGGAUCUUGCUGUUUCCAAGUCUGCAUUGUAUGAACGCAAUAAUACGGAAGACGUAGAAUACUGUCCAGAACAUUUAGACGAACGGGUUCCUUGUGCCGAAGUAGGCAAUUCUUGUUAUUGCUUUUCCAAAUUGCAGAGAAAUUGGACAGCCGCACAAGAAUUUUGUCGAAAGAACGAUAUGUUUCUGUUGAGUCUUGAAACGCAAAAUGAAACUGAACUUAUUAAUAACCACAUUAAAAAUUCAGGGUUACCAAAAGAUUUCUAUUGGACGUCAGGUAGUGACGAAGCUAAUGAAGGCCAAUGGAUUUGGACUUCGACGCAAGAAAAUAUAACGGUAACAAACUGGCGAAACAAUCAACCCGAUGGUGGAAAAAAAGAGAACUGUCUCUAUCUUCACAGCAGAGAUGAAUUUAAAUGGGGGGACUGGAUGUGCAAUUUAUCUCAGUAUUUCAUAUGUGAAUGGCUACUUUGCUGAAGAACUGUCCGUUUUUUAACAUUCUGUUCACUUAUGUACUAUCAUUGUUUAAUUAAUCAGAAAAAUAUUAGAAUUUUCAAUUUUA